AUGUCAUCUAAUAGCAGACGAUGGCGCAGUACAGCACAUGAACAUCUUCACGAUUUAAUACAUUUCACAAAUGGAUUUGCAAUGUUAUUCUACAAGAAAAAACUACAGCGCACUGGUAUACGACUCCAAUCAAAAACAACUUUCAAGAAAAUAAAUUUCUUGGACCAUGCUGUUGGUGUCCUCGGAUACAUCACCUGUGCUGAUGGAAAAAAGCCGCUUAGAAGGGAUAGAGGUCUCAGAGAAACACUUUAUUCUCAUUACCAUAGAAGAGUAUUCAAACAAGAUUGGUUACAUUCCCGAGGAAAGCAGUGUUGCUUAGUACGCACAGAAAUUUCAGAAUUAGCAUCUGAAAGUGUUAAAAUACACAUCGGAAGAAGAACUUUAUGAUAAAUCCACAUGUAGUUGUGAUAAAGGUGCCGAAGGAAUAAGGCGGAGGGAGAAAGAUAACGUGAAACAAAGAAAAUUUUACAAAACAGAACGGGGAAUAGAAGUUAGGAAUAAUUACAAAGAAAAACAAAUUAAGAAAAAGAAACCUAUUACACGUUUACUGAAGAUGGGCCUAAAUAAAAAAGAUGAGCUUUAA